UUCGCGCCCGGGAGGGUGGUCGCGGGUUCUAUCGCCGGGAUGUGUGUAUGCGUGUGCACGCGCGCGAGUGACCGCCUGAGUGUUCGCUGGGCUGUUUUGCUGAGUGUGCUUUUCCUCCCCCUGUGGAGCGCGGCGGACCGGGUAACCGGCGACAUCACGUCCGUGUGUGUGUGUGUGUGAGUGUCAGAGAGAGUGCGCGCGCGCGCGCGCGAGCGUUAAAGGGGUACCGUGCCAUGCUGAUUCAUCACGAUCCGCGCCGUGCAGCGCGCUCGCCCGCUCGAACCCGGUAACUCCGGCGGUCGCAUGAGCUGAGCGACGGGCGAGGCGCGCUCGCGAGAGGAGGAGAGCGAAUCUGAAAGGCGGGCAGCGGCUCUCGUGGCAUGACGACCACAAGCAAGGGAAGCAAGGCCUUGAAGGUGAAAAGGGAGCCGGGCGAGAAUGGGACCAGCCUGACCGACGACGAGCUGGUGACCAUGUCGGUGCGGGAACUGAACCAGCACCUGCGUGGCCUCUCCAAGGAAGAGAUCCUGCAGCUGAAGCAACGGCGACGCACGCUGAAGAACCGUGGCUAUGCUGCCAGCUGCCGCGUGAAGCGCGUCACGCAGAAGGAGGAGCUGGAGAAGCAGAAAGCGGAGCUCCAGCGGGAGGUGGAGAAGCUAGCCUCCGAGAAUGCCAGCAUGAAGGUGGAGCUGGACGCGCUGCGCUCCAAGUACGAGGCUCUGCAAAGCUUUGCCAGGACAGUGGCCCGCGGUCCCGUGGCCCCAGCCCGUGGCCCCAUCGCCUCAGUCAUCGGGCCCCUGGUUCCAGGCAAGGUGGCCACCACCAGCGUCAUCACAAUAGUCAAGUCAAAGACGGACGCCAGGUCUUAGUAUACGGUAGAGCCAGAGAAGGGGGGAGAAGAUGUGGGAGGGAGAGAGAGGGAGGAGACAAGGAUGUGGUCAGGCAGAACAUGGUCAGUGCAUCUUCACUGAGCACAGGAGGAAUCUGAUUGGGCAACCUUUAAAACGUAAAGUACUGCUUAUGUUAUCCUCCAACCAAACUGGUAGAUGGGGGAGGGGAGAGAGGGGGCUUUUCAGGCGCAAAUUGAAGUGGAGAUAUUUAGUGUAGAUGAGAUCCAAACUCAACAUGGAUGAGACUUCUGGCCAGAACAUCGUAAAUAUCUUAGAAUUUAUUGUAGUUCAAAUGGGUCCAAAUGUG